UGAUCGCAUGCACUGAAUAAUGUAGGUGUCUGUUCUCUGCUGGGUACUGAAACACACCGCAAGCAGACUGUAGCCCAGUAUCGACACUAUGCAGGCAUCACACUGGUGGUAACCUGCUGCUGCCACAACAAGCCGUUGCCCGGUGUAUUUAAAACGAGGCAUGCGCAAAUAUGCAAUUGUGGAGACCAGUGAAAUGACUAUAUAGCACGGUUCCCCAGCUGGCGUCCCGCUGCUGACUCUAGUUGAUGAUCCCUGCUGUAUAGCCUUCAGUCCUGCUGAUUUGAAUAGUAUCAAGCCCGCGAUCAGAGCAACAGACGGCUCUUUGGGGAUCUCAUUUUCAUCCACUUCAGUCCUCUAUGUGAGACAAGCAGGAUGGGCUGUUCCACGAGUACCCAGACAACAGCGCAGGACACCACCAGACAGCCCAGCUCUAAACCAGAGGAAAGCAAUGGAACCAGCACUACAGGGGCGGCUAAUGAGAACGGUAAGGUUGCGGAGGACAGUGAGACCAUCCCAGAUCACACAGUGACCGUAGCAGCCACAGGAGGGGAGGCCCAGUCUGCUCCGGCUGCAGCCCAAGCCGAGGCUCCUGCAGACACCACAGACCCAGCCCCUGCAGCGGAGACCCCGGCCCAGAGUGAGACCCAGCCUGCAGCCGAUGCUCCUGCAGCAGCCACUUCCCCCGAGCAGCCAGCCAGCUCUCCAGAGCCUCCCCCUGCAGCCCAGGACCCAGCAGCUGAGGUCACAGCAGAGGCCGAUACAACUGCAACGAGCCCCUAGUCAGGGAAAAGAAGCCGGUCUUCCCAUUGUUGUGGAUGAAGAAUCUGCAUGAAUGUCCUAAUUUGAAAGCGAGAGAGGAUGACAAUAUAUACACACCACUUGCCUGUUGCCAAGCUGCAGACCAGCUGAUCUCUGUGACCAGGAUCAAUCGGUCAUCACUGUGCCUUUUUCCUCUGUAAAUACUCUACUUCCUGUGUAUUUAGUUGUAUUAUUAGCAUUGUUUAUAAAACAUUCAUUAGAUAAUUGCUUCAAAGUAACUUAUAAAUGCUUAUUAAUAUUUGCUUGAAUCUAAAAUCUACAUUUCUGGUGACUAGAGUUCGUAUUACAGCCUUGUAACGAUGUGGGAUCAAGUAUGAGGGAAAUCAAGUAUGUGGGAUCAAGUAUGUCGGAUUAAGCGACCAACACUAAUUUGUCAGAAUUAUUCAUUCAGGGACAACUUGAAUCCAUUUACUCACACAUAUUUGAGAAAUGAAGCCAACAACUAUUAGACAUUUACAUGAUGUUUUUACAGCUGGCUUGGAUUGUACAACCCAUAUUAUGACCAUGUUACGACCAUGUUAUAAGGGUAUAUAAUAUGACCAUGUUAUUAAGCUCUAUGGCCAUGUUAUAACGGUUUGAAUAAAACAGUUACUGAACUCAA